GUAAGCAAUAUUGGUGGGAGACAGUACAGAGCCUAGAGUGUAAGACUGUAGUGUGCAGACUUGCUAUCAGUCAGUCUGAAUUUGUGUGUCGGAACUAGAGGUAGCACUGAAAGCCACUGCAUCCCUCAGUCAAACUGUCUUGCAAAUCUCAUCCAGGCAGCAAUAGCCAUGGCACUAUUAGGGCCAAGCGAAGACCAAAUGAAGGCCAUUCGUAAAGAGGUUAACGAGGAAAGCAAAGUGAAAAUGGAAGAGAAUAAACUGCUCAUCAAAGAAUGGAUCAAGUGUCAACCUCAUCUUCCAAGAGAUUACGAUGAAAGAAUUGUACCAGUAUUCUUGAGAGGCUGCAAACAUGAUUUGGAGCGAACCAAACGAAAGCUGGACACUUACUUCACAUUGAGGACAACAAUGCCGGAAUUUUUUGAACAGAGAGAUCCACGAAGCAAGCAGAUCCAGACAGCGACACAGACAAUGAAUGCAUUCCCGUUACCAAGACUUACACCAGAGGGCUUCAGGGUGACCGUUCAUAGAUUCACAGAGGCUCCAGUCAAUGAUUUUGAACCGGCUGAUACCUACAAGUUUCUAUGCAUGAUAGGUGACGUUCGAUUGGUUGAAGAAAGUGCCAUAGCAGGAGAUGUUUUCCUAUUCGAUGUCGCCAACAUGUCAGUAACGCAUAUUGCAAAGCUUGCUAAUCCACUUCUUCGUAAAAUUCUACAUUGCACUCAGGAGGGAUAUCCGCAGAGGCUGAAAGAGAUUCAUGUUAUCAACGCUCCACCAUACAUCGACAAAAUAGUCAACAUGUUCAAGAUGUUCAUGAAGGAGAAAAUGCGAAGCAGAUUUCACAUCCAUUCCAGUUACCGAUCAGUCUACGAUUAUGUGCCACAGUCGAUACUACCGGAAGAAUUUGGAGGGGAUGCAAAGUCGAUUGAUCUUCUUCAAGCUCAGUGGCGCAAGAAGCUUGAGAGCUAUUCUGACUGGUUUACUCAACAAGAAUCAGUCAAAGCUGACAUCAGCAAACGCAAGAUGACCAAGCCCACUUCAGCUCACGACAAAAAUCUAUUUGGAACUGAAGGAGCGUUCCGCAAACUGGAAAUUGAUUAAUUCACGAAAAUAUUGAUAACUUUAUUAUUAGUUGAAAAUUGUUUGUUAUCGAGAGAGUUCAUCAAAUUUAAUGAGUGUUUCGUUGACUUGAAUUUGAUCAAUUCAUGGAAAUAUCAACAACGUUGUUUUUAGUAUUGUUUGUUAUCAAGAGGGUUUAUAGAAUUUACCUAUGGAUUAUGUGUAUCUAUAUAAGAUUUUGAAUGAAUAAAUAUGUUUUCAGUUACACAUU